UUUAACACUUACCAGACGUGUUUGUGUCAGUGUUAUGUUCCGUGUCUGUGUUUAUGCUUGAUAAACUUGGUUUCAACCUCGUUGUGGUUUGCUUCAUUUUUAAUUAGCAAUGAAGAGUGAAAAAUCGACCGAAGAUAAAAAGAGUGUUGAUGAGAUUACCAAGGUGAUUAAUGAAAUUAAAAGUAAACAAUGUGAGAUGGAAAAGGGAAAGGAAAAAAUGUUUGUUGAAGAUGUUUCCAUGCAACAUAGUCCUCUCAAGAAGAUUUGUAUCUCUCAACACCAAAACACAAAUCAAUCAUCCUCUCAUCAAAUUCCUUCAUCUAAAAUUGUUUUCCCUUUUGCUUUUGAAGGUUCUCAAUAUCCAAUAUCAUUCCCACACAAAUCAAGAACAACAAAUUUUUUGCCUCCUUUUUCUCCACCUCUUCACCCAACAUCACCCUUAUCAGCUCCUAAUUCUGUUUUACCUCGCCAACGACAACAGAUUCAGAAUAAGCAGCUUCUUAGGCCUCAAGCGCGGCCUUUGAAUGCUGGAAAACUGUAUAGAGGAGUGAGGCAACGCCAUUGGGGAAAAUGGGUGGCUGAGAUUCGUCUCCCUCGAAAUAGAACUCGUCUCUGGCUUGGAACAUUUGACAAUGCUGAAAAUGCUGCCAUGGCAUAUGAUCGCGAGGCUUUUAAGCUAAGAGGAGAAAAUGCUAAGCUAAACUUCCCUGAACUCUUCCUUAACAAAGAUAAACCACCAACAUCAUCAUCAUCAUCAUCCACAAUAGCUCAAACUCCGUCUGCUCCUUCGCUACAUGAAAGUUCGAGUUCAACAUCAACAAAAUUCCAGAACCCAAAUCAACCAGAAUCGAUUCAUGACAAGUAUAGCUUGCAAGCUAUCAAUGAUUCUAAAACCGGGGAAAAUAAUUCACAGCUGGUUUUGGGAGAAAUGGCUGGUUGGUUGGAGGCAAUUCCAGCAGGUUGGGGUCCAGGUAGUCCUAUAUGGGACGAUUUGGACCCCAACAGUAAUCUUCUUUUGCAGUCACAGUUUCCUUUUUUGAAUCCAAAUCAGCAAGAAUUUCAUGUUAUAAGUGAUGCUGCUCGGAGACAACACGAAGAUAACACAGGACCAGGCUCUACCUCUUGAGUCUGGUCCCUGAUGGUUAUUUUCUUGUGUUUAUAUAACGAAAGUUAUGUCAGAAAUAUUUUUAUACAGAGAAAACUAUCCUUCAGAAAGGUCAAAAUUGAAAUUCUAGAUGCAUACUUCCGAACAAUUUAUGCAGUGCGGAUGCAGCCUUCGGUUUCUGUUUGUUUCCGACUUCUAUUUAGAUGACUACAAGUGUAGAAGGAAACGUUUUAGUAAUUUCCUUCUCAUAUAGAAGAUCAAAAUUCUGCAACUGUUGUUUAUGCAUGCUUUGCUUUCUAUUAUAUUGAUCUUCUUUCAAAAACAGCUUUCUAUUAUUCAGUGAUAAAGUAGAAGCCACAAUGAACAUGUAAUGCUAUAGUCUGCUCUCUGGAGUUGCCAUCAAGAUCAAACUAAAAAUGGUUUAUUUUAGGUUUCUUUAAAAAAUCGUGUAGAGAAAAAGAAAAAGAAAAAAAAAACCUUUUCUUUUGUUAUGUCAAGUAGUAUGAAUAAGUGAAAGAAUCUCGAAUUCAAACUUCAAUCUCCGCAUAUUGUAAUAUUCAUACCAACUGAGUGCCCUUGUAUAACAAAGU